GUCAUCAUUCCCGCACGUUCUGAGGCUCCCAUUGACAAUCUCGUCGCCAACCAUCAACCGAAUCGCGCCUUCGUCGAGUCGCCGCCUGCUUUGUCUUCGCGGAGCACCCUCGAGAUCGCCGGAGGUCACAAAUAGACGAGUCUUCGCUUCGGCUUCGUCAUCGCAUUAUGCCAGUCGCGAAGACUCCUGCGGCAAGUGCAGGCAGCAGUAGCAGGUCCAAUGGUCGUGCUGUGCAGAGCUCUAGCUCAAGCAAGCUUUUGCCGCCUUCAAGGAAGGUCUCAGGAGCUCUCGAUGCUCCGCGAUCAAUCUCUUCAUCGAAGCCUAAAUUGGCCUCCGGCGUGGCGCCGACGACAGGCAAGGCGGCCUCAGCUGCCACGGUAAGACCGGCAGCUAUGAGAGAUGUGGGAGCUGUAGCCUUUGGAGCGUCGCAUUCACAAGAGGUGCACUGCAUAGAUGGCGAGGAAGUGCUCUCCAGAUUGAGCAUUGCAAGUUCUAUUACGGGAGACUUGGUGUUGGCGUUAGAAGGGCUGUUUGGUGUCGCUGGGCCGAGUAGUGCGGGGCUCGCCAAAGUUGUAGCCAAAUCAUCCGCGACGUGCACCGCGCUGCACAUGGUAGGCAAGGAGAAGCAAGAAAUGACGAAGAUGCAAAAAGCGCACUUAGCAAAGCGCAUCGCCAAUGCCUGUCUCAAGAGCCUCAACGAUCUCGUCGUGGCUGGAUGGAAACCUGCACGCGAGCAAGCCAGCCAGGUGCGCAGCGACAAGAAGGGUGCAUCCGCAAGAAGCGCUGCUCCGAGAUCUGCGCAUACAAGCACCAUGCAGCGCCCUAGAGACGCACCUCGCACUUGCAGUGGUACCACGCCGGCGUCAGGAAUGGUUACAUCCAAGCAUGUUGCAGACCUGCUCAAAUGCUGCGGCUCAGCUCUCACAUUUUUGUCGCGUGAAGUGCAGCCAGCAGGGAAGGGUACAGAAUUCCUGAGCGCGCGCUGUACAGCCAUCAGGAAAAUGGUCAGCUUGGAACUGGGAGAGUUGAUCGGAGAUGAGGUUGCGGCUCUGAGACGUGAAUUGCUCGUGUCGUGCGGUCUGGCCGAUUCCGACGCGCACGCAGAAAGGACAGUACGGGACAGGACUGUCCUCUUUCCCUCGCCAGGCAAUGUCCCACGUGAGAUCCAACCUUUCAUCCUCGACACACUUACUUUGAGCGCUGCUGGAGCGCUCCAGACACUUCCAGCUUCCGACCUCGAAGCCUAUCUUGAAGUUCUACGUGAGCCCGAAGGCGUGCUGGCCUGGCUACGCGCAGCUGCGGAGGAUCCCACCAGCAAGUCCUGUGCCGAUCGACCUGCUUUUGCGCUCGAAAGAGGUCUUCGUGCAUCGCUCUCGCGCUUGGAACAUGUUCUGAACCCCGCCAGCGGCGUCAAUUUUGAAGCAAGAUCGGUUGGAAUGGAGGCUCUGCUUUGUGUCUCGGAUCUCAAGACGGACGUCUUCUUGGCCACAGCUGCGCGCGUAGGCGCAGCGCAUUACCAAGCUUGCACAGACGAAGCCCGUCCCCAUGCUUUUGCGCGCAUGGAUGCUGCAUUCACAAAGUGGCUGAAUAGGCUGGGACCAGAGGUCCUGUCUUCGCAGGGCUUCGUCAAGUUUGCUGAGGUAUGGCUUAACUACGCACGGCACGCCAGGGAUUGCCCGGCUGUUGAUAGGAUUGCGAGGCUUCUGACGGGCUCCGACAGCGAUAGCUGCACGGACGAUCCGAAACAGUACAAUCGCAAAGACUCUGCUUCGGCUGACUUGCACAUUGCCAGGUCCGUGGCUGUCAUCACCAAAGCCGUCGUCGCCUUCGAUACGGCCGGCGAGACCUUACCCGAAGCAGCGUUGCUCGACGGAGCUCGCGCAUGUCUGGACGACCUUGGAUCUACGAGUCUUCAUGCCUCGGAUGACGGCCGUGAACAGCUCUUUACAAGUCUGGGUAGACUUUGCAGGAGAAUGCUGGACGCUAUGAGCGCUUCGCUGGUGGACAACGCCCUCUCAGAAUUAGUCAAGAGCUACAUGCGCGUCACUUCGAGGCACCUGAGAACACCGGGCGGUCCGCCAUUGACGCGAGGCACUAGCGUGGAAGAUAUCCUGCACGAUACCUGCGACGCUGGUCGAUUCCUCGCCACUUCUGUUCUCAAGCCAUCCAUCAGCAGCACGCACGAUGAAGCGCGACAAAGCUUGUCGCAAGUAGACGGCUUGUGCGCGUUGGAAUCGCUUGCUCUCGAAGCCCAGGCAAAGCAAGCCUACAAUGUCUCGACGACGUGGUACCAGCUAGGGGUGAAGCUUUACCAUGAAAGACUUGCGGGUGCAGCCGUUCUUUUUCUAGAGAAGUCUUGCGAAGCAGGAGAGCUGUCCGAACGACUAUUUGCCGACUCGCCUGCUGAUGACAUGAGCGACAAGCGUGCUGAUGCGGCGGUGCGACGAUACGACGUCUUGAGCUCUUCUCUGAGGCUUGCCCAGCAGCAUGCACGUGCUGUGGACAUUUCUAUCAAGGCUAUACGUGCUGUACGGCCCGCACGGUGGGGAAUGUUAGCAGAGGCAACGCAUACCAGUGCGCUAUGCGACAUCUUUGCGAAUCCUGCCCUUCUGCAGUUGGCGAAUAUCGUCACGAGCUUCCAGCAUGUCUCGACAUUUUCUCUGCUGCGAUCUCAGUGUGCGAAAGCGCCCCAUGGCGUGCUUCGAGUUCUCGAAGACGCGGCAGUACCAGAGACCGCGAUUGGAGUCCUUCUCGAGCAGUGCUCCAAGACUUUGGAGCCUUUGGCUCAUCGCGCGGAAGCGCCAAAUGCUUUGAUGGACACGCUGCAGAGCGCUUUGGAGGUCUAUGGCCCUACCACGUAUCCGCUGCGCAGGGCACGCGUGCUCUUGCGCCAGCUCGAAAGCUGCGUACUGCUCGGCAACAGGACGUACGAGGAUGUCGAAGAAAGUCGGCUCGAGGCGCAAACGCUGCUGGAUUGCGAGGCACUCGGCGCCGAUGCUAAAUUAGUCGGCUGCGUACCUGCGCUUCGCGCGCAGCUUGCACUGCUCAUGCUUUGUGCUUCUCAGAAAGCUUCGGGAGCACUUGGCAUCGAGAGAACCGGCAAGUAUGCGCAUGAGGCGGCGAUGUGCUUGCGCAAUUUGGUGCCGAGCGCAAGUACAAAAACUGGACAGGAGCCAGAGAAGCGAAUUUUGAAAGACAGCCUCUCCAGGCAAGACAAUGUUGCUCUUCGCACCCCUCCGCGACGCAAACCAAUGGCGUUGCCACCAACACCACCUACUAUGACUACAGCGACAACAAAUCAGACGUCAGGCACCGACGUUCUCGACAAGGAACGCCUCGGGUCGCUUUUAAACCUGGCGGCACGUAUGACCGUCGCAAGCGGCCAUUCGCUUGCCUGCUUGGAGCUCUUGUCCGCCUCUUGGCAGCUCUAUGAUACGGACACACUCGACACACAUGCUGUCGGUGAUAAGACGCUUUGUGGAGCGGAUUUGGCGGAGGAGAUGAUGAGAUUGGGCCUGCACACCGAAGCGCAGGAGAUUCUGCGCUCAGCAGACGCCACCACUGCCGGACCUCUUGCCCGCUUUAGUCUAUUUUUAGUCCGAGCAAAGGAUUGCAUCCGUCGUGAGGAUUUGCAAGAGGCGGUACAGAUGUACGAGAAAGCUGUCGCUGCUGCGGGGUUGAUCGAGGCGUCGCCGCCAAAAUCAUCUAGCUGGACCAUGGCCCUCGAACGAGCAGCUUCGAAUCUGAGACAUGCCCAAGCUGCAGAGGUGUACAGCUUGAUACGUCAAGCGCAAGGGGACGCGACCAGUGCCUUGCAGGCUGCUGUUGAGGGCGUCAGAUGUUCUGCGCGCGCUGUUAGCAUCAUGACGAAGAUAUGUACGCCGCCAAAGAUCAGCAAGACAGACGAUGAGGCUAGAGAUAUCGCUCAGCUACUAGGGCCCCCUGCGUCGAUAGACGGCAAAAAGGUCGCUGGCGCCGAGAGCAGUGGCAGCAGCGAGCAGUCGGGACAGCAACCGACACACGUCAGCGUGGGAACGCACGCUGUGGCCAGUCUGUACUGGCGUGUUGUCCACUGCGCCUCGACCGCCUACAGUCACGCGUCGACGCUGUACGAUCUACGUGGCAGCGCGAAAGAUGCUGAAAUGUUUGCAACGGAAACAAUCAACUUUUGCAAGCCGCUCGGCGUUCCCGUCUCUUCGGCCUCGGCUUUGAUACAGAGAGCGCGCAUCCGGGCUGCGCUGGCUCAGACAUUCGUGGCGCGAGACGAUCUUCAGCAGGCGCAUCUGCUGCUGGACGGCUCCCUGCUACCCGAGACCUGUGCGCUUGCGAUCGCAGAGGCGACAGUACGCGGCGAAAAUGGAAGAACCACAGACCUCUUGGAAAUUGCAAAAGUGUCGACGGAAUCCGAAGCACUCGUUCAGCUGGUCAAGCAGCUUCGUGUGGUAGGACCAGCACCGCAAGCGGAUCAGCAGCGCCGUCCAACCGCAGCGAAGCGACAAGUAGCCGCUCCAACAAAGAGCAAGUCUGCACCUUUGAAGAAGAUCAGCAGCCCCGCCGUCCCUACUCAGCUCUCUACGGAUUUCCCCUUGCUCCGACUAAAGAUGGAUGUGCUAGCCCAUCACGUGGAGGCACUGCUCGACUUCGACCGUCUUCAAGAAGCGAGCGACAAGCUUGAUCGUUUACACCAGCUCGAACAACAUGGCGACUCAAGUCUUACAAGCAAAGUUGCCUUCGCGGACGCCAAGGUGGCUGUCCGGCGUGCACUUCAGCAGUUGCAAGGCGAUCAAGUUCUAAGCAUGAUCUCUGAGACUGUCAUCUCAUUCACAGAUGCUGCCGACGCGAAUGCUCGUGAGCCACCGCACUUAGCCAAGAGUGUAGCCGCACUGUUCUUGGAGCAAGCGUCGAGUCUGAGCGCAAGCUUGCUGAGCUUAUCGACCGCUCGUGCCUUCCUCGUGCGAAGGGUGCUGAGCCUGCUCACUGACUUAUUUGGUCUCGCGGCCGUCCUUCUGCACGGCGGGCAAGGUGACGAAAGUGUCGGCAAAAUUGCCCAGACCACGAAUGCAGCCUCUGCUGUGACGCUUGGACGGGAGCUCAUGGAAGCGAUCGAAAUGAAGCUCAAGCGGCAAGUGCCGAUGGUCGGCGCUAACUCGCCAGAGUGGCUUCGCUUUGCAGGCCCGAGCGCAGCUCAACGCGCACCGCGGACCAGGCCCGCGCUAAGAGCUGGCCGAGCUGCUGCGUUGAUGGAUGAGGACGACCACCAAGCUUCGAGCAGUGACGAUGAGUCAGACAGCGAAGUGCAAGCCGCCAUCAACCCAUCUCGCAAGAAUGUCUUGACAGAUCAACAACUGCAAAGCUACUGGGAGAGUGUCAAACACCGCCACGCCACUUGUGCGGCUCAGAUCGUGAAAGCAGACGCCGCUACGAGGAUCGACUUGCCGCCUCACUGGACAGUGAUCACCAUCAACCUCUCUCACGACGGCUCAAGCCUUGUCGUCUCGCGACAGCGAGGGCCAGCUGCUCAAGCUCAUGCCAACGAUGUUGCAUUUCGGCUGCCCAUUGACCGACACGGCCGACGCGAAGGCGAGGAAGAAGAGCUCAGCAUGGCUGCGGCGCUAGCAGAGCUCAAAGACGUUGUGGACACCAGCAAUAGAGCAACGCAGGGGGCCAAGAAUCUUCAAGGGGUCGACGCGAGGAGACAAUGGUGGCAGAAUCGCAUGCAGCUAGACAUCAGAAUCAAGGACUUGGUCGAGGCAAUCGAGCAAAGGUGGCUGGGACCUUUCAAGAGCAUCUUCCUCGAGAGCACUGCCCAAGCAGAUGAACUCGCUUCGCUCAGAACAGCCUGGGAUGGAAUUUUCAGGCGCGCGUGUUUUGGCGCAAGCGGCUCCAAGAGGGCAGCGCGAGUACAGGUGCCCGAAGCAAUUCUCGACUGCUUGUCCGCACUUCCUCCCGCAUGCACCGACGAAGAGCUCGAGGAUCUGCUGCACUUUGUCAUCGACUCUUUCCAAUUCAGCAGCGUGCCGGUCGCUGUUGAUGAGGUGGACUUUGACCACACGGUGGUACAGCUGCGUGGUGCCCUCGAAACUUUUCGCGGCAAGGUCAGCGCAAGGACUCGUGGAAGUGGCGUCGAUGCCCACGCUUUGCCCGCUGCGCACACAUUUCUGGUGCUGGACAAGGACACAUGCGCGUUGCCAUGGGAGUCGAUGCCGUGCAUCCGCGGCCGAGCUGUCAGCCGCAUACCCUCCCUCUCAUUCUUGCAGGACCGCAUUGAGCUUUCCAGACUCGCUCAGCCGAAAAGCCGAGAAGACGAGGGCGGCUCUUUCAAUCUCGGCCAAAAGCCAUCGGCAUACUACCUUCUGAAUCCCUCUGGCGAGCUGACUCGGACUCAAGAGCGUUUUGAGCCGUGGCUCAAGUCUCGUAAAUGGGCUGGCGAUGCUGGCCAUGUGCCCGUGGCUGAUGCGUUUUCUGCCAGCUUGGCUUCGAAGGACCUGGUUCUCUACUUUGGGCACUCGGGAGCAGAACAAUUUGCUCGAUCUCAAGCCAUUCGGUCACUCAAGAGAUGCGCAGUGACCAUGCUGUGGGGAUGUUCCUCGGGCGUACUUCGCGAUCAAGGUGAAUACGAUCGAGCUGGAACUCCCUACAACUAUAUGCUUGCUGGAUGUCCGGCCCUGGUCGCCAACCUCUGGGACGCGACGGACCGCGAAUUGGACGGAGUCGCAGAGAGCGUCUUUGUCAAGUGCGGCCUGAUGCGUUCUACCGACGUCCUCUCGAUUGGGGUCGAGCCUCGCAGUGACACUUCUAACUCAUCCGGCAACUCAAAGCUCUCCCUCACUCAAGCCGUCAAUGCUUCUCGGGAUGCUUGCAAGUUGCCCUAUCUCACUGGCGCUGCAGUCGUCGUCUAUGGCGUACCUGUGUACUUUUAACAGCACCGUCUCCAGCACUUCAUUAAUGUCACAAAUAGCAC